CUUAGAGGAGUUAACCUGAUAGUUUCCUCAAAUGGUGGACAAUGGUGGAUCAAAGGACAUGAUGAAGGGCGUCAAUAUGAUGGGCAGGUUUCUGGCCCUUUCCUUCAUUGGGAUUGGUUGCCUGUCAUCAUUUGUGGUUGCAGAGUACCGUUCAAGUCAGACAUACGCAUCUCUCCCAGGAUCAAGUACCUCAAGAAACAGCUCUUCCAACACUGCGGGGCAAUGUAGUUCAGAGCCAGUGCCUGACACAAGCUCUCUAAUUGUGGCCAUGGAAAAUGUAACCAACCGCUUACUUUGUGAAGGCCAGACCAACAGUAGCCUUGGGCAGGAACAACUCAGACUUGUACAGACACUGCUCAGUGUCCUGGUUAAACUGGACCCAUCUCAGCAGCUCUCUGGCCUUGUUGCCCUGUUCGGAGCUUUGGAAACCCUCACUCCAGACAACCUCCAGAAUACUGACUUUGUUCAGACAUGGGUGAACCUCAGAUUCCUGCCUCUUCUCCCUUACCUGUCCAAAGGCUUCAUGAUACACCUCAGUCAAAUUAACUUCACCUGUGCAGGCUACCAGGAAAUCAUCAUGGGUCUCAGCAAACAAUUUGGGUUCAUCAAGACAGAAAAACAGAUGAUCAUUUAUACCAAUUUCAUUUAUGGGUUCCUGUCAAGAACCAACAACACAGAUCCUGGCUGCAUUACUGGCACCAUGGGCAGCAAAGAUUGGCUUCAGAAGAACUUUGGCCAAUUUGUGGUUUAUGCGCGUCUGGAAGAUCUGCAAAAACUUAAUGUCAACUUCUCCAAUUUAACUGAGGGCACUUGCAUGAACUUUUUUUCACCAAUAAUUAUUUUGCUUCCACAGCUGGCAACUUUGGAUUUGCUUUCACCAGAGCAGAAAGCUGAGCUGGUUCUGGAUCCCAGCACCGGUGCUCUGGAGAAUGUGACUGUCUUGAAGGAAGUCUUUGUCAGCGUAACAGCAUCUCCAGAAGUUGAGCAACUCGACGACUUCUUCCAGACUUUUGUCAUUUUCACAAUACAGCAAAACAUCACCUACAUUACAAACACUGCUGUGAGAGACACCAUGCUCAACCUGACACUGACAGCCCUGGCUCCCAGAUUCCCCACCUUCCAACCCAGCGACUUCACCUUGUGGUUCCAAGUCAAUCUGGCUGUUCUGCUGGUCAGCAUCCGUCCUGCGAGUCUGAACGUCAUCCCCAUGAACAUCAGCUGCGACUCUCUCAAAGCCAUAAUCGGGGCUUUUGACAAAUCUUUGAAAACGCUCCCACCGGGUGUCUCAGCAGACCUCCAGUCAAGCAGAGACUACCUGGAACAGAGGUUGCCUCCAGGCUGUACACCACCACCACCUCCAGUGGGCGUGUGCGCAGAGACCGUGGUGGAUGAGGAGAGUCUUUGUGCUAACGCCAGCAGCAUCUCAGAGCAGGAUCUCCUGGCCUCUGUGUACUUCACUGGGACGCUUUGCAAUUUCAGCAUGGGAGACCUCGCAUGCUCCUCGCUGGAAUCUCUAUCUGCGGACGGCUUGGCCACACUGCUGGAGUGCAAGCUUCCCAACAGCAACAGUUAUCCCAAAGAAACCUGGAAGGCCUUCUUUGUCAAAGUGGCCGGCAUCCUUGAUGAAGCCCUUGUCCAAUAUUCUGGCAAGGUCCAAAACCUCACUCUGUCCGUGCCCACGGUCCUCGAAGUGAUACGAGAAGUCAAACUCAACGACUUAACUGAAGCGCAGUUGAAAGACAAAGCAUUCAUCAGCCAGUGGUUUAACAUCAGACUGGGGCCAUUUUUACCAUCUGUGACCCCAAUGUUCCUGACAUGCCUAACCAACCAGAGUUUCAGUUGUGAGACCUUCCAGGCUGUGGUGGCAGCUCUCAGCAACCGGUCAACAGCCAUGAAUGAGGAGCAAAAGAAAGCCAUCUUCACUAGCUUCCUGUAUCCGUUCCUAUCAAGAGGAGACUCAUCAGAUCCUGGCUGCAUUACUGGCACCAUGGGCAGCAAAGACUGGCUUCAGACUAACUUUGGCCAAUUUUCGGUUUAUGCGCCUCUGGAAGAUCUACAAAAACUCAAUGUCAACUUCUCCAGCUUUGAGUCUCUGGAACUGCUGACACCAUCCCAGGCAGCGCAGCUGACUCUGACGUCCGGAGCACUGAAUGACACCACCAAAAUCACGGCCAUCUUUCAAGUCCUGUUGGUGGGAGAUGCUCUCGAAAAUGUUGACGCGUUUCUGACGACGCUGAGCGCGGCUCCUGAGAUUCCAGAUAUUGCCCCUCCCGUGAGAGACUUUGUCAUGAACAGCACCUUCCAAGUCAUCAGUGUCAAUUUCUUGCACUUUGAUGUAUCAGCCUGGAUCUCCUGGUUCCAAGUGAAACUCAUUCCUAUUCUCCCCAGUUUCACUACAGUGAUGCUCACUCAAACAACUGCACAGGCAAACUGCACCAACUACCAAGUCAUUGUGAGAGGAAUGGGCAUCGUCUUCGAAAAGAUGCCGCUGAGCAGAAGAAAAGGAAUCGCCAACGUCCUCGUCCAACAUCUCAAGCAAUUUUCCGCCACGUUCAGCGAGAUAGCCUGCAGACUUGACAUCCGGAAUGAUGCCCAAUGGCUAGAGGUCAACCUGGGUCCUUUCGCCAAAGAAGUAGACUACUCUGCUUUGAAGGAGCUGAACAUUACAGGACUGGCAACUUUGGAUUUGCUUUCACCAGAGCAGAAAGCUGAGCUGGUUCUGGAUCCCAGCACCGGUGCUCUGGAGAAUGUGACUGUCUUGAAGGAAGUCUUUGUCAGCGUAACAGCAUCUCCAGAAGUUGAGCAACUCGACGACUUCUUCCAGACUUUUGUCAUUUUCACAAUACAGCAAAACAUCACCUACAUUACAAACACUGCUGUGAGAGACACCAUGCUCAACCUGACACUGACAGCCCUGGCUCCCAGAUUCCCCACCUUCCAACCCAGCGACUUCACCUUGUGGUUCCAAGUCAAUCUGGCUGUUCUGCUGGUCAGCAUCCGUCCUGCGAGUCUGAACGUCAUCCCCAUGAACAUCAGCUGCGACUCUCUCAAAGCCAUAAUCGGGGCUUUUGACAAAUCUUUGAAAACGCUCCCACCGGGUGUCUCAGCAGACCUCCAGUCAAGCAGAGACUACCUGGAACAGAGGUUGCCUCCAGGCUGUACACCACCACCACCUCCAGUGGGCGUGUGCGCAGAGACCGUGGUGGAUGAGGAGAGUCUUUGUGCUAACGCCAGCAGCAUCUCAGAGCAGGAUCUCCUGGCCUCUGUGAACUCCACUGGGACGCUUUGCAAUUUCAGCAUGGGAGACCUCGCAUGCUCCUCGCUGGAAUCUCUAUCUGCGGACGGCUUGGCCACACUGCUGGAGUGCAAGCUUCCCAACAGCAACAGUUAUCCCAAAGAAACCUGGAAGGCCUUCUUUGUCAAAGUGGCCGGCAUCCUUGAUGAAGCCCUUGUCCAAUAUUCUGGCAAGGUCCAAAACCUCACUCUGUCCGUGCCCACGGUCCUCGAAGUGAUACGAGAAGUCAAACUCAACGACUUAACUGAAGCGCAGUUGAAAGACAAAGCAUUCAUCAGCCAGUGGUUUAACAUCAGACUGGGGCCAUUUUUACCAUCUGUGACCCCAAUGUUCCUGACAUGCCUAACCAACCAGAGUUUCAGUUGUGAGACCUUCCAGGCUGUGGUGGCAGCUCUCAGCAACCGGUCAACAGCCAUGAAUGAGGAGCAAAAGAAAGCCAUCUUCACUAGCUUCCUGUAUCCGUUCCUAUCAAGAGGAGACUCAUCAGAUCCUGGCUGCAUUACUGGCACCAUGGGCAGCAAAGACUGGCUUCAGACUAACUUUGGCCAAUUUUCGGUUUAUGCGCCUCUGGAAGAUCUACAAAAACUCAAUGUCAACUUCUCCAGCUUUGAGUCUCUGGAACUGCUGACACCAUCCCAGGCAGCGCAGCUGACUCUGACGUCCGGAGCACUGAAUGACACCACCAAAAUCACGGCCAUCUUUCAAGUCCUGUUGGUGGGAGAUGCUCUCGAAAAUGUUGACGCGUUUCUGACGACGCUGAGCGCGGCUCCUGAGAUUCCAGAUAUUGCCCCUCCCGUGAGAGACUUUGUCAUGAACAGCACCUUCCAAGUCAUCAGUGUCAAUUUCUUGCACUUUGAUGUAUCAGCCUGGAUCUCCUGGUUCCAAGUGAAACUCAUUCCUAUUCUCCCCAGUUUCACUACAGUGAUGCUCACUCAAACAACUGCACAGGCAAACUGCACCAACUACCAAAUCAUUGUGAGAGGAAUGGGCAUCGUCUUCGAAAAGAUGCCGCUGAGCAGAAGAAAAGGAAUCGCCAACGUCCUCGUCCAACAUCUCAAGCAAUUUUCCGCCACGUUCAGCGAGAUAGCCUGCAGACUUGACAUCCGGAAUGAUGCCCAAUGGCUAGAGGUCAACCUGGGUCCUUUCGCCAAAGAAGUAGACUACUCUGCUUUGAAGGAGCUGAACAUUACAGGACUGGCAACUUUGGAUUUGCUUUCACCAGAGCAGAAAGCUGAGCUGGUUCUGGAUCCCAGCACCGGUGCUCUGGAGAAUGUGACUGUCUUGAAGGAAGUCUUUGUCAGCGUAACAGCAUCUCCAGAAGUUGAGCAACUCGACGACUUCUUCCAGACUUUUGUCAUUUUCACAAUACAGCAAAACAUCACCUACAUUACAAACACUGCUGUGAGAGACACCAUGCUCAACCUGACACUGACAGCCCUGGCUCCCAGAUUCCCCACCUUCCAACCCAGCGACUUCACCUUGUGGUUCCAAGUCAAUCUGGCUGUUCUGCUGGUCAGCAUCCGUCCUGCGAGUCUGAACGUCAUCCCCAUGAACAUCAGCUGCGACUCUCUCAAAGCCAUAAUCGGGGCUUUUGACAAAUCUUUGAAAACGCUCCCACCGGGUGUCUCAGCAGACCUCCAGUCAAGCAGAGACUACCUGGAACAGAGGUUGCCUCCAGGCUGUACACCACCACCACCUCCAGUGGGCGUGUGCGCAGAGACCGUGGUGGAUGAGGAGAGUCUUUGUGCUAACGCCAGCAGCAUCUCAGAGCAGGAUCUCCUGGCCUCUGUGAACUCCACUGGGACGCUUUGCAAUUUCAGCAUGGGAGACCUCGCAUGCUCCUCGCUGGAAUCUCUAUCUGCGGACGGCUUGGCCACACUGCUGGAGUGCAAGCUUCCCAACAGCAACAGUUAUCCCAAAGAAACCUGGAAGGCCUUCUUUGUCAAAGUGGCCGGCAUCCUUGAUGAAGCCCUUGUCCAAUAUUCUGGCAAGGUCCAAAACCUCACUCUGUCCGUGCCCACGGUCCUCGAAGUGAUACGAGAAGUCAAACUCAACGACUUAACUGAAGCGCAGUUGAAAGACAAAGCAUUCAUCAGCCAGUGGUUUAACAUCAGACUGGGGCCAUUUUUACCAUCUGUGACCCCAAUGUUCCUGACAUGCCUAACCAACCAGAGUUUCAGUUGUGAGACCUUCCAGGCUGUGGUGGCAGCUCUCAGCAACCGGUCAACAGCCAUGAAUGAGGAGCAAAAGAAAGCCAUCUUCACUAGCUUCCUGUAUCCGUUCCUAUCAAGAGGAGACUCAUCAGAUCCUGGCUGCAUUACUGGCACCAUGGGCAGCAAAGACUGGCUUCAGACUAACUUUGGCCAAUUUUCGGUUUAUGCGCCUCUGGAAGAUCUACAAAAACUCAAUGUCAACUUCUCCAGCUUUGAGUCUCUGGAACUGCUGACACCAUCCCAGGCAGCGCAGCUGACUCUGACGUCCGGAGCACUGAAUGACACCACCAAAAUCACGGCCAUCUUUCAAGUCCUGUUGGUGGGAGAUGCUCUCGAAAAUGUUGACGCGUUUCUGACGACGCUGAGCGCGGCUCCUGAGAUUCCAGAUAUUGCCCCUCCCGUGAGAGACUUUGUCAUGAACAGCACCUUCCAAGUCAUCAGUGUCAAUUUCUUGCACUUUGAUGUAUCAGCCUGGAUCUCCUGGUUCCAAGUGAAACUCAUUCCUAUUCUCCCCAGUUUCACUACAGUGAUGCUCACUCAAACAACUGCACAGGCAAACUGCACCAACUACCAAGUCAUUGUGAGAGGAAUGGGCAUCGUCUUCGAAAAGAUGCCGCUGAGCAGAAGAAAAGGAAUCGCCAACGUCCUCGUCCAACAUCUCAAGCAAUUUUCCGCCACGUUCAGCGAGAUAGCCUGCAGACUUGACAUCCGGAAUGAUGCCCAAUGGCUAGAGGUCAACCUGGGUCCUUUCGCCAAAGAAGUAGACUACUCUGCUUUGAAGGAGCUGAACAUUACAGGACUGGCAACUUUGGAUUUGCUUUCACCAGAGCAGAAAGCUGAGCUGGUUCUGGAUCCCAGCACCGGUGCUCUGGAGAAUGUGACUGUCUUGAAGGAAGUCUUUGUCAGCGUAACAGCAUCUCCAGAAGUUGAGCAACUCGACGACUUCUUCCAGACUUUUGUCAUUUUCACAAUACAGCAAAACAUCACCUACAUUACAAACACUGCUGUGAGAGACACCAUGCUCAACCUGACACUGACAGCCCUGGCUCCCAGAUUCCCCACCUUCCAACCCAGCGACUUCACCUUGUGGUUCCAAGUCAAUCUGGCUGUUCUGCUGGUCAGCAUCCGUCCUGCGAGUCUGAACGUCAUCCCCAUGAACAUCAGCUGCGACUCUCUCAAAGCCAUAAUCGGGGCUUUUGACAAAUCUUUGAAAACGCUCCCACCGGGUGUCUCAGCAGACCUCCAGUCAAGCAGAGACUACCUGGAACAGAGGUUGCCUCCAGGCUGUACACCACCACCACCUCCAGUGGGCGUGUGCGCAGAGACCGUGGUGGAUGAGGAGAGUCUUUGUGCUAACGCCAGCAGCAUCUCAGAGCAGGAUCUCCUGGCCUCUGUGUACUUCACUGGGACGCUUUGCAAUUUCAGCAUGGGAGACCUCGCAUGCUCCUCGCUGGAAUCUCUAUCUGCGGACGGCUUGGCCACACUGCUGGAGUGCAAGCUUCCCAACAGCAACAGUUAUCCCAAAGAAACCUGGAAGGCCUUCUUUGUCAAAGUGGCCGGCAUCCUUGAUGAAGCCCUUGUCCAAUAUUCUGGCAAGGUCCAAAACCUCACUCUGUCCGUGCCCACGGUCCUCGAAGUGAUACGAGAAGUCAAACUCAACGACUUAACUGAAGCGCAGUUGAAAGACAAAGCAUUCAUCAGCCAGUGGUUUAACAUCAGACUGGGGCCAUUUUUACCAUCUGUGACCCCAAUGUUCCUGACAUGCCUAACCAACCAGAGUUUCAGUUGUGAGACCUUCCAGGCUGUGGUGGCAGCUCUCAGCAACCGGUCAACAGCCAUGAAUGAGGAGCAAAAGAAAGCCAUCUUCACUAGCUUCCUGUAUCCGUUCCUAUCAAGAGGAGACUCAUCAGAUCCUGGCUGCAUUACUGGCACCAUGGGCAGCAAAGACUGGCUUCAGACUAACUUUGGCCAAUUUUCGGUUUAUGCGCCUCUGGAAGAUCUACAAAAACUCAAUGUCAACUUCUCCAGCUUUGAGUCUCUGGAACUGCUGACACCAUCCCAGGCAGCGCAGCUGACUCUGACGUCCGGAGCACUGAAUGACACCACCAAAAUCACGGCCAUCUUUCAAGUCCUGUUGGUGGGAGAUGCUCUCGAAAAUGUUGACGCGUUUCUGACGACGCUGAGCGCGGCUCCUGAGAUUCCAGAUAUUGCCCCUCCCGUGAGAGACUUUGUCAUGAACAGCACCUUCCAAGUCAUCAGUGUCAAUUUCUUGCACUUUGAUGUAUCAGCCUGGAUCUCCUGGUUCCAAGUGAAACUCAUUCCUAUUCUCCCCAGUUUCACUACAGUGAUGCUCACUCAAACAACUGCACAGGCAAACUGCACCAACUACCAAAUCAUUGUGAGAGGAAUGGGCAUCGUCUUCGAAAAGAUGCCGCUGAGCAGAAGAAAAGGAAUCGCCAACGUCCUCGUCCAACAUCUCAAGCAAUUUUCCGCCACGUUCAGCGAGAUAGCCUGCAGACUUGACAUCCGGAAUGAUGCCCAAUGGCUAGAGGUCAACCUGGGUCCUUUCGCCAAAGAAGUAGACUACUCUGCUUUGAAGGAGCUGAACAUUACAGGACUGGCAACUUUGGAUUUGCUUUCACCAGAGCAGAAAGCUGAGCUGGUUCUGGAUCCCAGCACCGGUGCUCUGGAGAAUGUGACUGUCUUGAAGGAAGUCUUUGUCAGCGUAACAGCAUCUCCAGAAGUUGAGCAACUCGACGACUUCUUCCAGACUUUUGUCAUUUUCACAAUACAGCAAAACAUCACCUACAUUACAAACACUGCUGUGAGAGACACCAUGCUCAACCUGACACUGACAGCCCUGGCUCCCAGAUUCCCCACCUUCCAACCCAGCGACUUCACCUUGUGGUUCCAAGUCAAUCUGGCUGUUCUGCUGGUCAGCAUCCGUCCUGCGAGUCUGAACGUCAUCCCCAUGAACAUCAGCUGCGACUCUCUCAAAGCCAUAAUCGGGGCUUUUGACAAAUCUUUGAAAACGCUCCCACCGGGUGUCUCAGCAGACCUCCAGUCAAGCAGAGACUACCUGGAACAGAGGUUGCCUCCAGGCUGUACACCACCACCACCUCCAGUGGGCGUGUGCGCAGAGACCGUGGUGGAUGAGGAGAGUCUUUGUGCUAACGCCAGCAGCAUCUCAGAGCAGGAUCUCCUGGCCUCUGUGAACUCCACUGGGACGCUUUGCAAUUUCAGCAUGGGAGACCUCGCAUGCUCCUCGCUGGAAUCUCUAUCUGCGGACGGCUUGGCCACACUGCUGGAGUGCAAGCUUCCCAACAGCAACAGUUAUCCCAAAGAAACCUGGAAGGCCUUCUUUGUCAAAGUGGCCGGCAUCCUUGAUGAAGCCCUUGUCCAAUAUUCUGGCAAGGUCCAAAACCUCACUCUGUCCGUGCCCACGGUCCUCGAAGUGAUACGAGAAGUCAAACUCAACGACUUAACUGAAGCGCAGUUGAAAGACAAAGCAUUCAUCAGCCAGUGGUUUAACAUCAGACUGGGGCCAUUUUUACCAUCUGUGACCCCAAUGUUCCUGACAUGCCUAACCAACCAGAGUUUCAGUUGUGAGACCUUCCAGGCUGUGGUGGCAGCUCUCAGCAACCGGUCAACAGCCAUGAAUGAGGAGCAAAAGAAAGCCAUCUUCACUAGCUUCCUGUAUCCGUUCCUAUCAAGAGGAGACUCAUCAGAUCCUGGCUGCAUUACUGGCACCAUGGGCAGCAAAGACUGGCUUCAGACUAACUUUGGCCAAUUUUCGGUUUAUGCGCCUCUGGAAGAUCUACAAAAACUCAAUGUCAACUUCUCCAGCUUUGAGUCUCUGGAACUGCUGACACCAUCCCAGGCAGCGCAGCUGACUCUGACGUCCGGAGCACUGAAUGACACCACCAAAAUCACGGCCAUCUUUCAAGUCCUGUUGGUGGGAGAUGCUCUCGAAAAUGUUGACGCGUUUCUGACGACGCUGAGCGCGGCUCCUGAGAUUCCAGAUAUUGCCCCUCCCGUGAGAGACUUUGUCAUGAACAGCACCUUCCAAGUCAUCAGUGUCAAUUUCUUGCACUUUGAUGUAUCAGCCUGGAUCUCCUGGUUCCAAGUGAAACUCAUUCCUAUUCUCCCCAGUUUCACUACAGUGAUGCUCACUCAAACAACUGCACAGGCAAACUGCACCAACUACCAAGUCAUUGUGAGAGGAAUGGGCAUCGUCUUCGAAAAGAUGCCGCUGAGCAGAAGAAAAGGAAUCGCCAACGUCCUCGUCCAACAUCUCAAGCAAUUUUCCGCCACGUUCAGCGAGAUAGCCUGCAGACUUGACAUCCGGAAUGAUGCCCAAUGGCUAGAGGUCAACCUGGGUCCUUUCGCCAAAGAAGUAGACUACUCUGCUUUGAAGGAGCUGAACAUUACAGGACUGGCAACUUUGGAUUUGCUUUCACCAGAGCAGAAAGCUGAGCUGGUUCUGGAUCCCAGCACCGGUGCUCUGGAGAAUGUGACUGUCUUGAAGGAAGUCUUUGUCAGCGUAACAGCAUCUCCAGAAGUUGAGCAACUCGACGACUUCUUCCAGACUUUUGUCAUUUUCACAAUACAGCAAAACAUCACCUACAUUACAAACACUGCUGUGAGAGACACCAUGCUCAACCUGACACUGACAGCCCUGGCUCCCAGAUUCCCCACCUUCCAACCCAGCGACUUCACCUUGUGGUUCCAAGUCAAUCUGGCUGUUCUGCUGGUCAGCAUCCGUCCUGCGAGUCUGAACGUCAUCCCCAUGAACAUCAGCUGCGACUCUCUCAAAGCCAUAAUCGGGGCUUUUGACAAAUCUUUGAAAACGCUCCCACCGGGUGUCUCAGCAGACCUCCAGUCAAGCAGAGACUACCUGGAACAGAGGUUGCCUCCAGGCUGUACACCACCACCACCUCCAGUGGGCGUGUGCGCAGAGACCGUGGUGGAUGAGGAGAGUCUUUGUGCUAACGCCAGCAGCAUCUCAGAGCAGGAUCUCCUGGCCUCUGUGUACUUCACUGGGACGCUUUGCAAUUUCAGCAUGGGAGACCUCGCAUGCUCCUCGCUGGAAUCUCUAUCUGCGGACGGCUUGGCCACACUGCUGGAGUGCAAGCUUCCCAACAGCAACAGUUAUCCCAAAGAAACCUGGAAGGCCUUCUUUGUCAAAGUGGCCGGCAUCCUUGAUGAAGCCCUUGUCCAAUAUUCUGGCAAGGUCCAAAACCUCACUCUGUCCGUGCCCACGGUCCUCGAAGUGAUACGAGAAGUCAAACUCAACGACUUAACUGAAGCGCAGUUGAAAGACAAAGCAUUCAUCAGCCAGUGGUUUAACAUCAGACUGGGGCCAUUUUUACCAUCUGUGACCCCAAUGUUCCUGACAUGCCUAACCAACCAGAGUUUCAGUUGUGAGACCUUCCAGGCUGUGGUGGCAGCUCUCAGCAACCGGUCAACAGCCAUGAAUGAGGAGCAAAAGAAAGCCAUCUUCACUAGCUUCCUGUAUCCGUUCCUAUCAAGAGGAGACUCAUCAGAUCCUGGCUGCAUUACUGGCACCAUGGGCAGCAAAGACUGGCUUCAGACUAACUUUGGCCAAUUUUCGGUUUAUGCGCCUCUGGAAGAUCUACAAAAACUCAAUGUCAACUUCUCCAGCUUUGAGUCUCUGGAACUGCUGACACCAUCCCAGGCAGCGCAGCUGACUCUGACGUCCGGAGCACUGAAUGACACCACCAAAAUCACGGCCAUCUUUCAAGUCCUGUUGGUGGGAGAUGCUCUCGAAAAUGUUGACGCGUUUCUGACGACGCUGAGCGCGGCUCCUGAGAUUCCAGAUAUUGCCCCUCCCGUGAGAGACUUUGUCAUGAACAGCACCUUCCAAGUCAUCAGUGUCAAUUUCUUGCACUUUGAUGUAUCAGCCUGGAUCUCCUGGUUCCAAGUGAAACUCAUUCCUAUUCUCCCCAGUUUCACUACAGUGAUGCUCACUCAAACAACUGCACAGGCAAACUGCACCAACUACCAAGUCAUUGUGAGAGGAAUGGGCAUCGUCUUCGAAAAGAUGCCGCUGAGCAGAAGAAAAGGAAUCGCCAACGUCCUCGUCCAACAUCUCAAGCAAUUUUCCGCCACGUUCAGCGAGAUAGCCUGCAGACUUGACAUCCGGAAUGAUGCCCAAUGGCUAGAGGUCAACCUGGGUCCUUUCGCCAAAGAAGUAGACUACUCUGCUUUGAAGGAGCUGAACAUUACAGGACUGGCAACUUUGGAUUUGCUUUCACCAGAGCAGAAAGCUGAGCUGGUUCUGGAUCCCAGCACCGGUGCUCUGGAGAAUGUGACUGUCUUGAAGGAAGUCUUUGUCAGCGUAACAGCAUCUCCAGAAGUUGAGAAACUCGACGACUUCUUCCAGACUUUUGUCAUUUUCACAAUACAGCAAAACAUCACCUACAUUACAAACACUGCUGUGAGAGACACCAUGCUCAACCUGACACUGACAGCCCUGGCUCCCAGAUUCCCCACCUUCCAACCCAGCGACUUCACCUUGUGGUUCCAAGUCAAUCUGGCUGUUCUGCUGGUCAGCAUCCGUCCUGCGAGUCUGAACGUCAUCCCCAUGAACAUCAGCUGCGACUCUCUCAAAGCCAUAAUCGGGGCUUUUGACAAAUCUUUGAAAACGCUCCCACCGGGUGUCUCAGCAGACCUCCAGUCAAGCAGAGACUACCUGGAACAGAGGUUGCCUCCAGGCUGUACACCACCACCACCUCCAGUGGGCGUGUGCGCAGAGACCGUGGUGGAUGAGGAGAGUCUUUGUGCUAACGCCAGCAGCAUCUCAGAGCAGGAUCUCCUGGCCUCUGUGUACUUCACUGGGACGCUUUGCAAUUUCAGCAUGGGAGACCUCGCAUGCUCCUCGCUGGAAUCUCUAUCUGCGGACGGCUUGGCCACACUGCUGGAGUGCAAGCUUCCCAACAGCAACAGUUAUCCCAAAGAAACCUGGAAGGCCUUCUUUGUCAAAGUGGCCGGCAUCCUUGAUGAAGCCCUUGUCCAAUAUUCUGGCAAGGUCCAAAACCUCACUCUGUCCGUGCCCACGGUCCUCGAAGUGAUACGAGAAGUCAAACUCAACGACUUAACUGAAGCGCAGUUGAAAGACAAAGCAUUCAUCAGCCAGUGGUUUAACAUCAGACUGGGGCCAUUUUUACCAUCUGUGACCCCAAUGUUCCUGACAUGCCUAACCAACCAGAGUUUCAGUUGUGAGACCUUCCAGGCUGUGGUGGCAGCUCUCAGCAACCGGUCAACAGCCAUGAAUGAGGAGCAAAAGAAAGCCAUCUUCACUAGCUUCCUGUAUCCGUUCCUAUCAAGAGGAGACUCAUCAGAUCCUGGCUGCAUUACUGGCACCAUGGGCAGCAAAGACUGGCUUCAGACUAACUUUGGCCAAUUUUCGGUUUAUGCGCCUCUGGAAGAUCUACAAAAACUCAAUGUCAACUUCUCCAGCUUUGAGUCUCUGGAACUGCUGACACCAUCCCAGGCAGCGCAGCUGACUCUGACGUCCGGAGCACUGAAUGACACCACCAAAAUCACGGCCAUCUUUCAAGUCCUGUUGGUGGGAGAUGCUCUCGAAAAUGUUGACGCGUUUCUGACGACGCUGAGCGCGGCUCCUGAGAUUCCAGAUAUUGCCCCUCCCGUGAGAGACUUUGUCAUGAACAGCACCUUCCAAGUCAUCAGUGUCAAUUUCUUGCACUUUGAUGUAUCAGCCUGGAUCUCCUGGUUCCAAGUGAAACUCAUUCCUAUUCUCCCCAGUUUCACUACAGUGAUGCUCACUCAAACAACUGCACAGGCAAACUGCACCAACUACCAAGUCAUUGUGAGAGGAAUGGGCAUCGUCUUCGAAAAGAUGCCGCUGAGCAGAAGAAAAGGAAUCGCCAACGUCCUCGUCCAACAUCUCAAGCAAUUUUCCGCCACGUUCAGCGAGAUAGCCUGCAGACUUGACAUCCGGAAUGAUGCCCAAUGGCUAGAGGUCAACCUGGGUCCUUUCGCCAAAGAAGUAGACUACUCUGCUUUGAAGGAGCUGAACAUUACAGGACUGGCAACUUUGGAUUUGCUUUCACCAGAGCAGAAAGCUGAGCUGGUUCUGGAUCCCAGCACCGGUGCUCUGGAGAAUGUGACUGUCUUGAAGGAAGUCUUUGUCAGCGUAACAGCAUCUCCAGAAGUUGAGCAACUCGACGACUUCUUCCAGACUUUUGUCAUUUUCACAAUACAGCAAAACAUCACCUACAUUACAAACACUGCUGUGAGAGACACCAUGCUCAACCUGACACUGACAGCCCUGGCUCCCAGAUUCCCCACCUUCCAACCCAGCGACUUCACCUUGUGGUUCCAAGUCAAUCUGGCUGUUCUGCUGGUCAGCAUCCGUCCUGCGAGUCUGAACGUCAUCCCCAUGAACAUCAGCUGCGACUCUCUCAAAGCCAUAAUCGGGGCUUUUGACAAAUCUUUGAAAACGCUCCCACCGGGUGUCUCAGCAGACCUCCAGUCAAGCAGAGACUACCUGGAACAGAGGUUGCCUCCAGGCUGUACACCACCACCACCUCCAGUGGGCGUGUGCGCAGAGACCGUGGUGGAUGAGGAGAGUCUUUGUGCUAACGCCAGCAGCAUCUCAGAGCAGGAUCUCCUGGCCUCUGUGUACUUCACUGGGACGCUUUGCAAUUUCAGCAUGGGAGACCUCGCAUGCUCCUCGCUGGAAUCUCUAUCUGCGGACGGCUUGGCCACACUGCUGGAGUGCAAGCUUCCCAACAGCAACAGUUAUCCCAAAGAAACCUGGAAGGCCUUCUUUGUCAAAGUGGCCGGCAUCCUUGAUGAAGCCCUUGUCCAAUAUUCUGGCAAGGUCCAAAACCUCACUCUGUCCGUGCCCACGGUCCUCGAAGUGAUACGAGAAGUCAAACUCAACGACUUAACUGAAGCGCAGUUGAAAGACAAAGCAUUCAUCAGCCAGUGGUUUAACAUCAGACUGGGGCCAUUUUUACCAUCUGUGACCCCAAUGUUCCUGACAUGCCUAACCAACCAGAGUUUCAGUUGUGAGACCUUCCAGGCUGUGGUGGCAGCUCUCAGCAACCGGUCAACAGCCAUGAAUGAGGAGCAAAAGAAAGCCAUCUUCACUAGCUUCCUGUAUCCGUUCCUAUCAAGAGGAGACUCAUCAGAUCCUGGCUGCAUUACUGGCACCAUGGGCAGCAAAGACUGGCUUCAGACUAACUUUGGCCAAUUUUCGGUUUAUGCGCCUCUGGAAGAUCUACAAAAACUCAAUGUCAACUUCUCCAGCUUUGAGUCUCUGGAACUGCUGACACCAUCCCAGGCAGCGCAGCUGACUCUGACGUCCGGAGCACUGAAUGACACCACCAAAAUCACGGCCAUCUUUCAAGUCCUGUUGGUGGGAGAUGCUCUCGAAAAUGUUGACGCGUUUCUGACGACGCUGAGCGCGGCUCCUGAGAUUCCAGAUAUUGCCCCUCCCGUGAGAGACUUUGUCAUGAACAGCACCUUCCAAGUCAUCAGUGUCAAUUUCUUGCACUUUGAUGUAUCAGCCUGGAUCUCCUGGUUCCAAGUGAAACUCAUUCCUAUUCUCCCCAGUUUCACUACAGUGAUGCUCACUCAAACAACUGCACAGGCAAACUGCACCAACUACCAAGUCAUUGUGAGAGGAAUGGGCAUCGUCUUCGAAAAGAUGCCGCUGAGCAGAAGAAAAGGAAUCGCCAACGUCCUCGUCCAACAUCUCAAGCAAUUUUCCGCCACGUUCAGCGAGAUAGCCUGCAGACUUGACAUCCGGAAUGAUGCCCAAUGGCUAGAGGUCAACCUGGGUCCUUUCGCCAAAGAAGUAGACUACUCUGCUUUGAAGGAGCUGAACAUUACAGGACUGGCAACUUUGGAUUUGCUUUCACCAGAGCAGAAAGCUGAGCUGGUUCUGGAUCCCAGCACCGGUGCUCUGGAGAAUGUGACUGUCUUGAAGGAAGUCUUUGUCAGCGUAACAGCAUCUCCAGAAGUUGAGAAACUCGACGACUUCUUCCAGACUUUUGUCAUUUUCACAAUACAGCAAAACAUCACCUACAUUACAAACACUGCUGUGAGAGACACCAUGCUCAACCUGACACUGACAGCCCUGGCUCCCAGAUUCCCCACCUUCCAACCCAGCGACUUCACCUUGUGGUUCCAAGUCAAUCUGGCUGUUCUGCUGGUCAGCAUCCGUCCUGCGAGUCUGAACGUCAUCCCCAUGAACAUCAGCUGCGACUCUCUCAAAGCCAUAAUCGGGGCUUUUGACAAAUCUUUGAAAACGCUCCCACCGGGUGUCUCAGCAGACCUCCAGUCAAGCAGAGACUACCUGGAACAGAGGUUGCCUCCAGGCUGUACACCACCACCACCUCCAGUGGGCGUGUGCGCAGAGACCGUGGUGGAUGAGGAGAGUCUUUGUGCUAACGCCAGCAGCAUCUCAGAGCAGGAUCUCCUGGCCUCUGUGAACUCCACUGGGACGCUUUGCAAUUUCAGCAUGGGAGACCUCGCAUGCUCCUCGCUGGAAUCUCUAUCUGCGGACGGCUUGGCCACACUGCUGGAGUGCAAGCUUCCCAACAGCAACAGUUAUCCCAAAGAAACCUGGAAGGCCUUCUUUGUCAAAGUGGCCGGCAUCCUUGAUGAAGCCCUUGUCCAAUAUUCUGGCAAGGUCCAAAACCUCACUCUGUCCGUGCCCACGGUCCUCGAAGUGAUACGAGAAGUCAAACUCAACGACUUAACUGAAGCGCAGUUGAAAGACAAAGCAUUCAUCAGCCAGUGGUUUAACAUCAGACUGGGGCCAUUUUUACCAUCUGUGACCCCAAUGUUCCUGACAUGCCUAACCAACCAGAGUUUCAGUUGUGAGACCUUCCAGGCUGUGGUGGCAGCUCUCAGCAACCGGUCAACAGCCAUGAAUGAGGAGCAAAAGAAAGCCAUCUUCACUAGCUUCCUGUAUCCGUUCCUAUCAAGAGGAGACUCAUCAGAUCCUGGCUGCAUUACUGGCACCAUGGGCAGCAAAGACUGGCUUCAGACUAACUUUGGCCAAUUUUCGGUUUAUGCGCCUCUGGAAGAUCUACAAAAACUCAAUGUCAACUUCUCCAGCUUUGAGUCUCUGGAACUGCUGACACCAUCCCAGGCAGCGCAGCUGACUCUGACGUCCGGAGCACUGAAUGACACCACCAAAAUCACGGCCAUCUUUCAAGUCCUGUUGGUGGGAGAUGCUCUCGAAAAUGUUGACGCGUUUCUGACGACGCUGAGCGCGGCUCCUGAGAUUCCAGAUAUUGCCCCUCCCGUGAGAGACUUUGUCAUGAACAGCACCUUCCAAGUCAUCAGUGUCAAUUUCUUGCACUUUGAUGUAUCAGCCUGGAUCUCCUGGUUCCAAGUGAAACUCAUUCCUAUUCUCCCCAGUUUCACUACAGUGAUGCUCACUCAAACAACUGCACAGGCAAACUGCACCAACUACCAAGUCAUUGUGAGAGGAAUGGGCAUCGUCUUCGAAAAGAUGCCGCUGAGCAGAAGAAAAGGAAUCGCCAACGUCCUCGUCCAACAUCUCAAGCAAUUUUCCGCCACGUUCAGCGAGAUAGCCUGCAGACUUGACAUCCGGAAUGAUGCCCAAUGGCUAGAGGUCAACCUGGGUCCUUUCGCCAAAGAAGUAGACUACUCUGCUUUGAAGGAGCUGAACAUUACAGGACUGGCAACUUUGGAUUUGCUUUCACCAGAGCAGAAAGCUGAGCUGGUUCUGGAUCCCAGCACCGGUGCUCUGGAGAAUGUGACUGUCUUGAAGGAAGUCUUUGUCAGCGUAACAGCAUCUCCAGAAGUUGAGCAACUCGACGACUUCUUCCAGACUUUUGUCAUUUUCACAAUACAGCAAAACAUCACCUACAUUACAAACACUGCUGUGAGAGACACCAUGCUCAACCUGACACUGACAGCCCUGGCUCCCAGAUUCCCCACCUUCCAACCCAGCGACUUCACCUUGUGGUUCCAAGUCAAUCUGGCUGUUCUGCUGGUCAGCAUCCGUCCUGCGAGUCUGAACGUCAUCCCCAUGAACAUCAGCUGCGACUCUCUCAAAGCCAUAAUCGGGGCUUUUGACAAAUCUUUGAAAACGCUCCCACCGGGUGUCUCAGCAGACCUCCAGUCAAGCAGAGACUACCUGGAACAGAGGUUGCCUCCAGGCUGUACACCACCACCACCUCCAGUGGGCGUGUGCGCAGAGACCGUGGUGGAUGAGGAGAGUCUUUGUGCUAACGUCAGCAGGUGA